CUCAACAAGCUGUUGCCCGCGGUGUCCUCCUCGUAUCCUGACCAAUCAAGCCGGAUCGUGCUAGGAAGCGCUCGAACCUGCGUGCCGUCGUCGCCUUGACCACCGGCAAGCAGGCAACUGGCACCUUCCGAAGGAAUUGACACAGCAAGGGCGGCUUUUACCUUCUUUCCUUUGGGGCCGUCGGUGAAGCUGGCAGCAUGCCCAAGUCCCACGAACGGCCUGUGCGGUGGCUGCACUUGGUUUCCGGUGCGGACGUGGCCAGCAUGAGUGUACGCUUCAGGCUGGGGCUCAGCAUCUCUGGCUGGGGCAACGCGCAAACACCUCCCAAGGUCAGAUGGGGAUGGGAAAGCACUGCAAGGGAAAAAGCAAGUUCGUCUUUUGUGUGGCGGGGGCUGCGCAGGAACGCCGGCCAUGAAACGCCGGUUUUUGGGCGCGACGUUGAGGCCUUGCUAUUCACUCACUUUCGGUGGACGGGACAGGGCCCGACACCGAGCCCCUUUGCCCGGAGCGGCUCUACCCGGCGGACCAGUCACGCGCCUCUACGAUGUCCCUUCCUGAACCACGUCGCAGUCCUAGGAGCUAGGACCACGAUCCAUCACCAUCAACGGCACUCAACGUUGGGCUCAUUCAUCCCCGGUGCAAACGUUUCCUGGCCACUCAUCGAGGGAGGCCUUCCAUUGUCACCGAGGAACGGGCCCACCCGUUCGCCCCGUCGUCGAUGGCGGAGUCUCGAAUUGCCCCCUAUUGCUUGGGACUGCGACGAUUUCACCAGUCUCCUGGGCCUGCGUUCGAAACACGACCGGUGAAAUUUGGGCGUUCAAAACAUGACCGGUGAGAUUUAGCCCCUGAGCAAUCUGUUGAGUAUGCAUUACACUGUCACGAUUG